AUGUCAGCCAUAUUCGGGUUUGAUAACACAACCUUCCUCUCUCUGGCCUCUCUUCUUUCUGUAUCUCAAGGACCACAGGAAAUCGCGGAAUAUACUACUAUUAACAAGGUUCCAGAUCAUGAUGAAUGGGAUUUCGAAACUGAAAAUGAUUCAACAAUAAUGCACCAGCUCUCAGGCUCUACAUCAAAAGACCAGGUGCUAGCGAAAUUCCUUGAUCAUAUUGCCGAAACAUUUUCCCAGGAGAAAUCCAUCCCACGCCAUGAACGACGGCGGUCUAAAGCGACAAUCAACGGAGCCAUCCAUGUAACGGCAUCAGGUCUAGUCUUCGAUCACGGCGACCCGAUUGUUUAUGUUGCGAAAAAUGGUAUUGGAAGCGACUCAGAGGAAGACAGCAAGAGAACGAAGAUAGACGAAGAAUUGGCAAACAGUCUGACGAAAUGGAUGAGGAUCAUCGCAUCCACCAUGAAGCGACCAGCCAUCGACAAAGAUGAGAUGUGGACGAAACUCAUCAGCUACUACAAGCAACGUCUGCAUAUCUACGUAUCUCAUAUCAAAGGUUCAUCUAAAGAUGACCUCGCUGCUGCCUUCAAUACGAAACCGGAUGGAAUUGUUUUAGCAAAAGAGCUGCAUGGAUUGUCUGCACAAUACAAGGUUGAUAGCAUACCCUCGGAGGUUUUGAAGCGCAUGAUAUCUAUUGCCUACCAGCUACGUCCUGUGGCUGCACCUGAUGAACUGACGUCUCAUGUUGGAAGGAUUCAACGCUCUGUAUGCUUUCUAGGGCGCCUGAGAUCUGCAUAUGAGACAUUUAAGGAGACUGCCAUCGAGCUUCAAAAAUCCUUCAAAACUAUAACCAUCUCUUGUCUCCCUCCACCCGAUGCCAGAUGGCUGAAGAAGAGCCAUUUGAUUCAACAAGUUCAAGAGCUGGUGAAAAUGGAACAAGUUCCACGGCCGCAAAAACGCCAUCUUGACAAGCUGCGGGGUCGCCCGACCGAUUUAUUGACUAUCUGCCAUGCUGAGGUUCAGAUUCUUCUAAAAUUCGAAUGUUCCUUUUCCACCAGCACAGAUCCUUUCCCAUAUAUCGGGUGUAGUAAAAUGUCAUGUUGGCUAUGCUACCAGCUCCUUACUCACUACAAGGAUAAGAGGACGGAUACUCGAGGAUACUACCAAACACGCGGUUCCCAUGGCACGGUCUACCCAUUUUGGCAUAUUGCACUUUGCAGCGAUCCAGUUCCUCAUCCUGGCGUUCAUUUCAACCUCUCUGUUGCUCUCCAAGAUAUCCAGGCCUUAAUGCAGCAGCAGCUCAAGGGUGUCCUUCGCACUCAACGACCGAGACAAGCAGAAUCCUCGGCGAAUGUGACAGUUGCCGGAGGAGCACUGAAGCAAAGCGCACUUACAAGAAUGAGAGAAGCAGAGUCCUGGACAACGCCAGGUGGUACGGAAAGCGAGUUUGGUUGCUUGAAAGAAUUUGCGUGCUCUAGGCAAUGUAUUCGGUUUCCGGCCACUGGAGAGCCUGCUCAUUAUCAAAUGAUUGAUUUUUACCGCUGUCCUACCGACUACCCAGGCACAGAGCCUGUGACCUUUUGCAUUCCUGACUUCAGCACUUACUGGGGGAAAUCCAAUUUCGACCGCGCCCACCGAUGGAUAUCGAUCAAGGACCAAGACCUAGCCGAACUUAAUGGGGAUUAUCUUUUCUACUGGUGCCGAAAAGAUGAUCUUCCGCCAAACAAGUACCUGAUGAACCUUUUGCGGAUCGACUCUGUCCCAUUUGAGGAAUACUUUUGGUAUGGUGAUGUAUUCAUCACAAAGUUUCAUGAAGACGGAGGCUCAUUCAGAUUUGAUUGCGAGGACGUGCCUGAUGCAUUUUUAAGCCUCGGGCACUUUAUUGAAACCAUGAUUCGCUUGGAAUGGGACCGUAAAACUCCAGAAGAUGAGAUUCGCAGGUGGCAGUAUUUUGAUACUAAGCAGGAAAAAAGAAAUGCCGACAAGCAGGUCAUACUGGAGCGAAUGUAA